AUGUCUCUAUCAGUAACAGAAAAAUCAUAUUUAUACAAUUCUUUAUCUUCCAGCCCUUCGGUUAGACCAGAUGGCAGAUUAGAUUACCAAUUUAGAGCUAUAGAAAUUACCACUGAUUUCUUAACAAGUUCCAACGGUUCUUCAAGAAUUAUUGCAAGUGAUGGUAGCGAAUGUAUUGUCAGCAUUAAAUCAAAAGUCAUUGAUCAUACCGUUCUACAGCCAGAUGAUAGUUUGGUUGAAGUUACUUUAGAUAUAUCUGGUCAAAGAGAUGAUUCACCCAUGGUCGAAUCUAUCUCAUCCUUAUUAAGAGAAGUUUAUUCUAAAACAAUUGAUAAGAAGAGUUUAACCCUAACAACAAAAUAUAGCUUUAAAUUAUACAUUGAUGUCCUUGUGAUAUCUACAUAUUCAAACCCCAUUUCUUUGAUAUCAAUGGCAAUUUUUUCUGCUUUAAAUUCUACUUAUCUACCGAAAUUGGUUUCGUCAUUUGAUGAUAUUGAAGUAGAAGAAUUACCAACUUUUCAUGAUUACGAUAUGAUUAAAUUUGAUGUCAAUCCACCUUUAAUAUUUCUCGUGAUAAUAGUGGGAAAUAACGUUUUCAUUGAUCCAGCUUUAAACGAAAGUGAAAUUGCAAAUAAUUCUUUGAUAAUAACUUGGAAUGAUAAUAAAAUUUCUCCACCUAUUCGUUCACUUGCUCUAAACGAUACUUAUUGUGAAGGUUUUAAGCCGCAACUUCUACAAAGAUCAAUGGAGUUGGUGGAAAAAUGUGCCAAUGGUAUAACAGCCAUGUUACAAGAUGAUAAAUAG